GUGAACUCGUAGAGAAAUAUAAAAGCGCGCCAAAUUGCCAGUGUCACCAUGGGAAAGCACUUUCUUCUCUCGCGCCAAACUCCUCCUUUCUCUCUUCUCUCUCGCCCAAAAAAACUUCACUGCGAUUGUCAGUGUCACCAUGGGAAAGCAGAAGCAACAGGUCAUUUCUCGCUUCUUCGCUCCCAAACCCAAAACCCCAUCUUCAUCAAACCCCUCAAAUCCUUCAUCUUCAUCUUCAUCUUUAUCUUCUCUCCCAAUCCCACCUCCCAAAAUCUCAGCCACCGUCACUUUCUCACCUUCCAAACGCCUCCUCUCCUCCUCCAACUCCUCACCUUCUUCCAAACCCCCCAAACUCCCCAAGCUCUCCACUCCCACCCCUCCUCCUUCCCUCCACGAGAAAUUCCUCCAGAAGCUUCUAGAACCCACCCACAACCUCCCAGAAAAACCUCCUCCAUCCCAAGCCCAAAACGGCGCCGCCGUCAAGUACACCCCUCUGGAACAACAAGUGGUGGAACUCAAGCGGAAACACCCGGAUGUCCUCCUGAUGGUCGAGGUCGGUUACAAGUACCGAUUCUUCGGCGACGACGCGGAAAUCGCGGCGAGAGUUUUGGGGAUUUACGCCCACGUGGACCACAGCUUCCUGACCGCGAGUGUCCCCACCUUCCGGCUCAGCGUCCACGUCAGGAGGCUGGUGGGAGCCGGGUACAAGGUCGGCGUGGUUAAGCAGACCGAGACGGCGGCGAUCAAGGCCCAUGGGCCGAACCGGGUGGGCCCGUUUUGCCGGGGGCUGUCGGCGCUGUACACGAGGGCGACGUUGGAGGCGGCGGAGGAUGUCGGAGGAAGGGAAGAGGGGUGGGGCGGGGAUAGUAGUUAUUUGGUUUGUGUUGUGGAGAAGAAUGUUUCGGACUGUGACGUGAGGGUUGGGAUUGUUGGGGUGGAGAUUUCGGCUGGUGAUGUCGUUUUUGGGGAGUUUGGUGAUGGUUUCUUGAGGAGUGGGGUUGAGAGUGUCGUUUUCAGCUUGUCUCCUGCUGAGUUGCUUCUUGGUUGCCCACUCUCUAAGCAAACGGAGAAGUUGUUGCUUGGCUAUGCUGGACCUGCCUCACAUGUCCGCGUGGAGCGUUGCUCGCGGGAAUGCUUCAAGGAUGGUGGUGCGCUUGCCGAAGUGAUGACAUUGUAUGAAAAUAUGGGUGAAGAUGAUUCAAAGCAAAAUGUAGAGGGAAAUCAACGUUUGGCAAUUGAGGUAAUCAUGGACAUGCCAGAUCUGGUCGUCCAAGCUUUGGCCCUGACAAUCCGUUACCUGAAACAAUUUGGUCUUGAAAGAGUUCUUUGUUUAGGAGCUUCUUUUAGGCCCCUAUCAAGCAACUUCGAGAUGACCCUGCCAGCCAAUGCACUUCAACAGUUAGAGGUUUUGCGGAAUAAUAGUGAUGGUUCUGAGUCUGGCUCCUUACUGCAGUCCAUGAAUCGUACAAUCACUACAUUUGGUUCAAGGCUUCUUAGGCACUGGGUAACUCACCCUUUAUGUGACAGAAACAUGAUUACUGCUCGUCUGGAUGCUGUGUCCGAGAUUGGGGAAUCCAUGGGUUCUUCUCAAGCUUCUCAGAAUAUAGAAGAUCUAGCUGUGGUUAUAAGACCAGAGAUUAGUCAUGUACUUUCUUCAGUUUUGACAACCUUAGGUAGGGUACCUGAUAUUCAACGAGGAAUAACAAGAAUCUUCCACCGGACCACCACCCCAACUGAGUUCAUUGCAGUUAUUCAAGCUAUUUUAUAUGCUGGAAAACAACUUCAGCAACUUCACAAUGAAGAAGAGGAAGAGGAAGAAGAAGGUGAUGGAAAGUUUAGAGCGAAGAUUGUGCGUUCUGAGUUAUUGCGGAAAUUGAUAUUGACAGCUUCAUCGCCCACUGUGAUAAGAAAUGCUGCAAAAUUGUUGUCCUCCCUAAACAACGAAGCAGCUGACCAACGGGAUCUACAAAACUUAAUCAUCUCUAAUGGCCAAUUUCCUGAGGUUGCUGAAGCCCGGAAAAAGGUUCAAUUGGCAAAAGAAAAAUUGGAUUCUCUGAUUACUUUAUAUCGCAAGCAGCUUAAAAUGAGCAAGCUGGAAUUCAUUAGUGUGUCUGGAGUGACACAUUUGAUAGAGUUGUCCCUUGACGUAAAGGUACCCUCAAAUUGGGUUAAGGUUAAUAGUACCAAAAAAACAAUCCGGUAUCACCCACCCGAAGUGUUGACUGCUCUAGACAAGCUGUCACUGGCAAAUGAGGAGCUCAAUGUUGCCUGUCAAUCUGCUUGGAAUAGCUUUCUGGUGGAAUUCAGCAACUAUUAUGCUGAAUUCCAAGCUGCUGUUCAGGCCCUCGCCGCAUUAGAUUGUCUACAUUCGCUCGCUAUUCUUUCAAGAAAUGAGAAUUAUGUACGUCCAAUUCUUUUAUAUGAUGAUGAACCUGUACAGAUACAUAUCUCUGCCGGUCGCCAUCCGGUUUUGGAGAGUAUAUUACAAGACAAUUUUGUUCCCAACGACACAGACUUGCAUGCAGACAGAGAGUAUUGUCAGAUUGUUACUGGACCCAACAUGGGUGGAAAGAGUUGCUACAUUCGACAAGUUGCUCUCAUUGCCAUUAUGGCCCAGGUUGGUUCCUUUGUACCAGCCUCAUCAGCAAAACUACAUGUCCUCGAUGGCAUCUACACUCGAAUGGGCGCUUCAGACAGCAUCCAACAAGGGAGAAGCACCUUCCUUGAAGAAUUGAGUGAGACUUCCAAUAUACUUAAAAGUUGCAAAGAGCGCUCAUUGGUCAUCAUUGAUGAGCUUGGACGAGGCACGAGUACACAUGAUGGUGUGGCCAUUGCUUAUGCUACGCUGCAUCAUUUGCUGGAGCAGAAAAGAUGUAUGGUCCUCUUCGUCACCCACUACCCUAAAAUCGCCGAGAUCAUAGCUGAAUUUCCUGGAUCUGUUGGAGCGUACCAUGUUUCGCACCUUACUUCACAUAGAAAUGAGGAGACCGGCACCAUGAACUCUGAAUCCGAUCAUGAUGUGACUUACCUAUAUAAGCUCGUGCCUGGUGUUUCAGAAAAGAGUUUUGGAUUUAAGGUUGCUGAGCUUGCACAGUUGCCUUCUUCGUGUAUCAAUCGAGCUGUUACCAUGGCUUCUAGGCUGGAGAUGGUGGUAAGCAACAGAUCAGCAAACAAGUGCGGAAAAAUGCAUUUGCUAGAAACGUCAUCAUUAUGUCAAAAAGACGAAAAGAUGACGCUUGAAAUGGAAUCUAGUAAAUGCUUGGAUGGCUACAAGGAAUUCUUCUUGAUCUUGAAAAACGCUCUAUCUGUGGAUGACCAUGCAAAGAGCUUGCAAUUGUUGAACCAGGCUAGAGGGCUCGCAAAUGAGCUAAUAAGCAGCUGAGAAAAUGGUGCUCCUCAAACUGAAUGGUGAGCUAGCGGUGGAUACAAAUCGUACUUGAUGAAUCUAUCUCCACCUUGUUUGUAGAUGCUUCCUCUUUUGUAUAGAACCAGUGAAAUGAGUUGCUGAGCGGUACAUUACGAUAAUUUUGCCAAAGACGUAUGUAUAAUUUUGAUUGUCUAAUCUUUUUCUCUUAGUAAGUAUCUUCCAUCUGUUAUAUGCAUCUUACGAGAUGCUGAAGCUUCUGCAUGUAUAAUGCAGCCUUCAGUUUUUAUGUCAUUGUAUUGCCGUCUCCC